AAUUAGAUGCAUUUUUGUUGGGCUUAUUUAUGUUUUUUGCUAAACCAACAGCGGGUGAAUUUACUAACUUAUUAAAAUAAAAAGUUGCAGACUGAAUAUUUGUGGUCUUUCCGAAAUUGAAAAAUGCACUAUGAAGAGCUCGAGGCAUUGAAUCCCCGUAAUCCCACGUAUACGACCCGCAUAGAAACACCUCCGCCACACAAAGUGGCGGUGUUGAUUUUGGUGCAACAAUAUCUGAAAGUGAAAAAUGCUGCUACAGAUGCAGGGGUAGCGUAUCCUCUUCAAGCACGCAGAAAUUUUUGUAUGCUGCUUUUAAAAUUGAUACAAUACCCUGAUAUGACAUACAACGAUCUUUACCAUUUGCUUACAUCUCCUCGAUAUAAGAUUAAUGCGCUGCAUUUGGAAAGUUUUGAAAAGGCUAUGUCUAAUAUCUUUACAAUGGGUAUAGAAACACUUUGUGACUUCGCUGAGCGCCAGAAUUGGGAUAACCUUUUAUCGGAAGAACUGGGCGUUAGUCAAUUCAGUAUUGUAGGAUUGUAUAUAAGACGAGUAUGUGUUAUACUAGAACGUAUGUCGUUUCCCGAAAUUAUGGCGAUGUAUAAAAAUAUUUGCUUAUAUUAUGAGAAAGGAAUCCGAUCUCUGGCCAUAGGACCACGAAGAGUUGGAAAUACGGUAUCCGGUGCCCAGGAAAAUUUAUUUCCACGACCGCUUGCAAGAACUACAGACGAUCAUGGUCAUACAUUAGAAGAAUCGGCUUUAGAUACUGAUACCGUACAUCAAGACCGAAACCCUCACAGUAAGUGGUCACCUAAGCAAGCUGAUCUCUUCGUGGCACAACAAUGCAAAUUGCUAGAAAAUAACGAGCUUCGAGCAUUACCUCCGAUUGAGCUGCAAAGCAAAUUGAAUGAAAUAAUUCAAGAUAACCCGUUGAAUUCGCAAGCAUAUUUCCUAGGCUAUAUGAAUCAAUUGAGACUGCGUGAUUUUUAUGGUGCAAUGGAUGCCCUACAUCGUGCAUUCGAUAGAAGUCCUAUACUGACAGCCACUCAAUAUGACCAAAAAAGUUUCCAGUAUUUCAGUGUUAACUUAGCUGUGCUGCAUGCUGCUUUCAACCAUCGUCGUGAAGCAUUAAAUGCACUCAAGGAGUGCAUCAUGUUAGCACAAGAAUGCGGAGAUAAACGCUGCCUUGACUUAGCAAAUUCUUGGUAUUGCUUACUGAAUAGUAAUAAAAUAGAUCCAUUUGAGAAAAGUCUACCAGAUAUUCAAGACCCCGGUUUAGUACAAUCGUUGUCACUAGCUAUACAAUACGUUGUAAAAUUUGGAGCACAAUGUGGGUAUUUGCCUCUCGAUCUCUUUGAGUUGCUUUUAAAGAGUGAUGAAUUGAAUAAUAAGAACUCAAUAAUAGAACACGCGUCCGAUUCACUAGCGUUAAGGUCUGCACUUUGGUGUCUUUACGGGCGACAUGAAAUCUCAUCACUAUAUUCACAACUGCUUUUGCAGCUGAAAAAAACGUGGGCGUUUGGAGAUAUUGGAAAUUCAGAAAGUGUUAGCAAAGUACUCGCCAGCCUGUCUCUGUGGUUGAAUGUGCAAGGGGAGCACCAAAUGAGUGCGGUGGUACAAAGUCAUGCGCGUAAUCGAUUCCCACGAUAUCCUAAUGCACAAAAUUGGAUGAUUAGCGAGUACCAUAUUAUAAUUCAACAAUGUAUUUAUCGUUGCCGAUGGCAGGAAGCAAAUAAAGCUUGUAGUCAACUGUAUUUAUUGGAUAAGAACGCUGGCAAUCUACAACGUGCUGCAAUUUAUAUCGCUAAGAGAUAUUUCAACACAGCCAGACGUGUUAUUCAUAAAUUAUUGCACAGUCCAAACUUGGAUGUUUUGACGCAAGUACGAUCGUUGGUGCUGCAAGCGUACUCUACUAUUUGCGAAGAUCGUGUGACAUCUGAAACAGCUGAGUUUUUAAUCCGUGCUUCAGUAUUGGCAACAUCCGCUUAUAUGGAAUAUGAACAAGCAGUUAUAGACAUGCUAUUAGCCCAGGUUCUGUUGAAAAUGAAAAUGCCUCAAAAAGCUUUUCAAGCUGCUAAAAAUUGUAUGGAGAAAAUAUAUGAAAAUGGAGGCAUUUAUGAUCGUGCGAAAAUGGACUUUAUUUUCGUGCGCUGCAUGGUAGCAGCCAGCGAAAGUGAUGAGCGUAAAAGAAUUAAUAUCCUUAAAGGAAUAAAGAUAUUAGAGCGGGCCAUAGAAUGGUUUAAAAAAUUAGAAGCACAUGCCAAAGUGUUAGACAUAUUUGUUUAUCUGGCAAAAACGUUUCACCAACUUAGCCAACCAGAAGAACGAAACAAGUAUGCUUCUAAAUUUAAACACUACUAUUCCGAGUACCCUAUAGCAAGAGAAUAUCUAGGAAUGGCAUUCUAAUUGUAUAUUUUAAAUAAAAAAAUUUUGCUGAAAUAAAUUAACAGUUUUAACUGCCAUUCUCUUACUUAGUUUCUAUCUAACUAAAGAAUCCAACUAAGAUUUAAUGUA